CAAAGUUCAGGGUUCAGGGGUGUGCUGUGUACAGAGUGCAGAGUUCAGGGGUGUGCUGUGUACAGAGUGCAGAGUUCAGGGGUGUGCUGUGUACAGAGUGCAGAGUUCAGGGGUGCGCUGUGUACAGAGUGCAGAGUUCAGGGGUGCGCUGUGUACAGAGUGCAGAGUUCCGGGCUGUGUACAGAGUGCAGAGUUCCGGGGUGCGCUGUGUACAGAGUGCAGAGUUCCGGGGUGUGCUGUGUACAGAGUGCAGAGUUCCGGGGUGUGCUGUGUACAGAGUGCAGAGUUCCGGGGGGUGUGCUGUGUACAGAGUGCAGAGUUCAGGGGUGUGCUGUGUACAGAGUG